ACAGGGGCCAGUUCUGGCCGUUCUCGCGUCUGUCCGGCCCGCCGCGGCCGCUUCGCGGGUGCUUCGCCCGGCACCUCAAUGCGCUCGGCCAACGGCCUCUGAGAGCGCUCACCGGGCGCCCCGGGAGCCGGCGGGCGGCGGCCCUCGCCGGGGACUCUCCAGCGGGCCAGGGGGACAAAAGUGGCUCUAAAUCUGGCGCAUGCACAUUGAAGCAAGUUAAAGGAUUUAAUAUGAAGCACAGAAGCAGAUAGUGCCAAGUAGCAAGAAGUAGUUGGUUCACAUUUCUGGAAAAGCAGUGUCCGUGUUGUUAUGUACACCUCCAAAAAACAGUUCAGAUCUGUAGGGGAGUUGUUGUAUAAAUAAACUGAACUGCAGGGUAGCAGUAUUUUCAUAGCUAUUAUAGCCGUGUAUUCACUGUGUUAAAAUGAGUAAAAGAACAAGCAUUGACACACCACUAGGAAGGGUGAGUGGGGCAGCAUUUCCUUCUCCCACUGCUGCUGAGAUGGCAGAAAUUAGUCGGAUUCAGUAUGAAAUGGAAUACACCGAAGGUAUUAGUCAGCGAAUGAGGGUCCCAGAAAAAUUAAAAGUCGCACCACCAAAUGCUGACCUGGAACAAGGAUUCCAAGAAGGCAUUGCAAACGCCAGUGUGAUAAUGCAGGUUCCAGAGAGGAUCGUUGUAGCAGGAAAUAAUGAGGAUGUUUCAUUUUCAAGACCAGCAGAUCUUGACCUUAUCCAGUCAACUCCCUUUAAACCUCUGGCACUAAAAACACCACCUCGUGUUCUUACACUGAGUGAAAGACCACUAGAUUUUCUGGAUUUAGAAAGACCUCUUCCAACCCCUCAAAAUGAAGAGAUCCGUGCAGUUGGCAGGCUAAAGAGAGAGCGCUCUAUGAGUGAAAACGCUGUUCGCCAAAAUGGACAGCUGGUCAGGAACGAUUCCAUGUGGCACAGAUCAGAUUCUGCCCCAAGAAAUAAAAUUUCAAGGUUCCAGGGAUCGAUUUCUGCACCGGAGUACACUGUGACACCAUCGCCACCCCAGGCUCGCGUCUGUCCUCCCCAUAUGUUACCUGAAGAUGGAGCUAAUCUUUCUUCUGCUCGUGGCAUUUUGUCGCUUAUCCAGUCUUCUACUCGUAGGGCUUACCAGCAGAUCUUGGAUGUGCUGGAUGAAAAUCGCAGUGUGAGAAGACAAAAUGAAAUACGUUGUGAAAGACCUGUGUUGCGUGGUGGGUCUGCCGCCGCCACUUCUAAUCCUCAUCAUGACAACACCAGGUAUGCCAUUUCAAACAUAGAUGCCACAAUUGAAGGAACAUCAGAUGACAUGACUGUUGUAGAUGCAGCUUCAUUAAGACGACAGAUAAUCAAACUAAAUAGACGCCUACAACUUCUAGAAGAGGAGAACAAAGAACGUGCUAAAAGAGAGAUGGUUAUGUAUUCAAUUACUGUAGCAUUCUGGCUGCUUAAUAGCUGGCUCUGGUUUCGCCGCUAGAGGUAACCUCAGCAUUCAAAUAUAUUGUCUCAACAGCUGGAAAUAUAAAAGGAUUUGCAAACUUCCUUGUUUCUGUCUUUGCAUUGUAGGCGGUUUUAUAGUCCAUGCCCUGAAAAUGUAUUUCUUCCACAAAGUAGGGGGGAAGGACCUAUAAUUUGUAGAAGUAAAGGUAUAUUCUGUUACUCAACUGUGUUCACUUUAGGCCAGUUCUGCAGUGACACCGGCGUGAAAUUCUCCUUUUGCAUGUUUUGUCAAUAGGCUCUAGUUUGUUUCCUUUUUUACAAAAAGAAAUUGAUUUUUUUUUGCUUCAUCAUUCUAUACAACUAAUUCUCUGAAAGGCAGAGAGCAUGCAUACAGAAUGGACUUAGGAAAGUCUGUGAAAGCAAAACAGUGACUGUCCUCUUUCCUAGACUCUGUUCAACAGUCUUGUCAACAGACAUCGUUACAUCCACAUUUCAGCAUUAACAUGCUACAAGUCAUGGUCUGGUGCCUGACUUAACAAAAAUCAAGCCACCCACUACUUCAUGAUCACCUGUACAUAUUAAAAAUAAUUCCUAAUAAUUCAGAUUACCUGUGCAGUAUGUGUUCUUAUUUUCAUUUUAGUUUUGCAGAUAAUUUUCUAUAAAGUACGUUUUUACUAAGUCCAUGUGUGAAUGAUAAAAAGUACAGAAUAAGGUACAAAUGUAGUGUAUUUAAUAAACUGUCAACCAAAGCAA